CUCUGAUCGCUAUCAACCCUUCUUAUUUCUUCUCUGUCCCGCUCACUCUCUGCUCACUCUCGCCAUUCUCUCUUCCUUCCACUCCCGCUUAUACCCCCUCGCCCUCAAUUCUUCAAAAUGUCUGGCCUCGCCCCCGUCUACAUUGUCUCGGCUGCCCGCACGCCUGUGGGCAUGUUCCAGGGCUCUCUCUCUUCCCUGAGCGCCGUCCAGCUUGGCUCCCACGCCGUCAAGGCCGCUGUCCAGCGCGCCGGCAUCAAGAACGAGGAUGUUGAGGAGGUCUUCUUUGGCAACGUUCUCUCGGCCAACCUUGGUCAGAACCCCGCCCGCCAGUGCGCCCUCGGUGCUGGUCUCCCCGAGGCCACCAUUGCCACGACCGUCAACAAGGUCUGCGCCUCGAGUGUCAAGGCCGUCGUUCUGGGCGCCCAGACCAUCCUGACUGGCAACGCUGAGAUUGUCGUUGCUGGCGGUACCGAGUCCAUGUCGAACGUCCCUCACUACCUCCCCAACAUGCGCACUGGCGCCAAGUUUGGCCACCAGACCCUUGUUGACGGUGUCCUGAAGGACGGUCUGACGGACGUUUACAAGACCGAGCACAUGGGUCUCCAGGCCGAGGAGUGCGCCGCGGACCACGAGUUCACUCGUGAGCAGCAGGACGACUACUGCAUCCGCUCCUACAAGAAGGCGCAGGCCGCCGCCGAGGCCGGCUGGUUCGGUGAGGAGAUUGCCCCCGUCGAGGUCAGCGGCGGCCGUGGCAAGCCCAAUGUCACCGUCGACAAGGACGACGAGCCCAAGAACUUCAACGAGUCCAAGACCAAGACGCUCCGUCCCGUCUUCGACCCCAAGAACGGCACCGUCACCGCCGCCAAUGCCUCUCCCCUCUCCGACGGCGCUGCCGCCCUCGUCCUCGUCUCCGAGGCCGCUCUCAAGAAGCACAACCUCACGCCCAUUGGCAAGAUCCUUGGCUGGGGCGACGCUGCGCAGAACCCCUCCAAGUUCACCACCGCCCCCGCUCUCGCCAUCCCCAAGGCGCUGAAGCACGCCGGCAUCGAGCAGAGCGCCGUCGACGCCUUCGAGAUCAACGAGGCCUUCUCCGUCGUCGCCCUGGCUAACAUGAAGCUGCUGGGCAUCAGCGAGGACAAGGUCAACCUCCACGGCGGUGCCGUCGCCCUCGGCCACCCUCUCGGCGGCUCCGGUGCUCGCAUCAUCACGACCCUUCUCGGCGUCCUCCGCGAGAAGAAGGGCAAGAUCGGCUGCGCCGGUAUCUGCAACGGCGGCGGUGGAGCCUCUGCCAUUGUCAUCGAGUCCCUGCAGUAAGCGCGAGGCGCGCUGACGUCGCCCACGGCGGCGAUUUACGGAUUUACGGAUCAUGUUGGGUUUGCACGCUACAUAGACAUGGUGGCCGACGCAUCAAAAAAAGAUGACAUAUACCUUUCUUUCUCGUCCAUAAAGCUUUUGUAAUACCAUCCACGCAUAGCCAAGGCGUUGGAACCAAAUUCUACAAAGUCCCUCAG